CAGUAUCUUCGUUCGUCAGACAGAGUCAAGAUUCCACGGACGGAGGCGCGAAUCGCCAAGCUAUUCUCAACAUCAUCUUCCAAGCCCCUUUCACGCGUGAAGAGUCACAAUUUGUGGAGUGUGCAGCUACUCACCCAUUCAGUCCAGUUCGUGCGUUCACACACCUCAUCCCAUCGGAUCGCCGUGAAAUCUUCCCCCGCAAUUGCGACGCAAUUCAUUCGCGGAGAGUGUGAUUUUCCUCUCGGCUGACACGCGUCUUUUGCCCGACUUUCCGGACGCUUUUCCGCGGUGUGCUGGUGCCUGGGUGGGCUUCCUCGGGACGCUGGUGACGGUGUUUUGUGCUGUAUUACGUAAAUUCCCGUGAGAAUCCAGUGUUGAGCGGUGUAAAAAUGGAUAAUGGAAGCGACGAUCGCGUCUAUGCUGCAGAGAAAAUUAUAACAAAAAGAACCAACAAAAAGGGCAAAGUGGAGUAUCGUGUGAAGUGGAAAGGAUGGAGUCAACGACACAAUACGUGGGAGCCGGAGGAGAAUAUCCUCGACACGCGUCUCAUUGACAUCUACGAGGAGUCGCUGCAGAAGGGGUCAUCGACGCCCGGGAAGCGUGGGAAGAAGAAGGAGAGGGCGGUGGAGCGCGGCCUGGAGUCUGAGGAUGAGGAGACAGAUGCACAGACAGUGGUGGACGAGCCCGUGAAGGAGAAGCACAAAGACAAAUCAUACAGAGACACAGUGUCCAGCAGUACGGGCAAGGCCAUCCUGGCGGACCUGGUGGACACAAACUCCAGCAGUAGCGAGGAUCAGCCGCUGAGGGAGCACUUGGCGGGUACAAAGCGCAAAGCGGAGGUGUUAUCGAAGGAGUCCGGGAAGAUCGGUGUCACCAUUAAGACCUCCUCGGAGGGUCCACCAGCCAAAGUAGCCCACGUCACCACGGAGGCGCCCGCCCUCAAGCCCCUGACAGUCUCUGUGCCCAGUCGGACGGAGCCCAGCGCUCCUCUAUCGCCCGAGACUCCGGCCUCGCGGCCGGAAUCUGACACACCAGCCGCAGACGUGAAGCCCGACGCGCCGGAAGCGCCGGCCGAGGAGCCCAAGAAGAGCGACGAGGGCAAGAAGCAGCAGCAGCAGCAGCCGAAGGCGAACAAUAACAACACCAUCAAGAAAGUACAUGAAAUCCCACUGUCACCGAAAACCGCCUCACCGAAGCUCUGGCUGCCCAAAUCGCGGGUCACGGACCAGGUCUUCAUCACGGACGUCACGGUGAACCUCGAGACUGUGACCAUUCGCGAGUGCAAGACGGAGCGGGGAUUCUUCCGGGAGAGAGAUCUCAAGAGUGAUGUGACAAAUUAAGGCGCGUCAGGAUUACGCGCACUUGAUUUGGAGCCUCAAGUUGAUUUUCCCCCUUUUUUGCUUAAUUCUACACUUUGCGAAGAAAGAUCGCAACUCUCUUUUAUCUUUUAAUUUAAAAGGUAUAUAUAUUUUUCCUUUGUCUCUUGUGCGAUGAUGGAUGAGAAAAUUAAUAUGAUUUUCUUCUGAUUGUUACAUUAUAUUGUUGUUAGAUGAGGCUAAAAAAAAACACACACUAAUAAGUGCGAGAAGGAGAGAAAGAGGAAAAGCGCAUCCACACACUUUUCUGUGGUUCUUUUGAGUGGCAGAGAAAACAAAUUUGAGACAGAGAAGAGAGAGAGAAAGAGAAAACGGAAGCAAGAAAGAUGAUAAAUGCCUCAAUUCUAGUGAUAUGAAUUUUAAAACUAUUUUUGUGUACAUGUAAAUAAAUUCAAUGAGAUGUGUGAGACCACGGAGGAUCAAGUGAGGAAGCGAUAAGCGGAGCAGGAAGUGGAAUAAGUGAGAGAAAGAGCGACUGAAAAGCCCAGAUUUUAGCUUUUUUGAUGAUUUUUUGCGGUGGAGACAAGAUGAGGAUCUUUAUGUUUAUAUUUUCUUGUGUUUUGACGAAGAAGUAGAAAAAGGACACCUGAAAACAAGCGAAGAAGAGGCCCGGAAGGAUGUGUGAGAUUUGGACAGUCCUUGCAAUCAGAGGAAAGAAAAUCUCACAAUGGCGCGCGUGGACACAAAUUAAGCGAGAGGAUCGAAAAACAAGGCAGAAAAAUACACACAAGAGGAAGAGAGAAUUAAAGUAUUUAAGAGUUUAUCAAACUAAAAACAUAUAUAUUGAAAUAAAAAAAAUAUAUAUUUAUAGUUAUCACUAAUAGAAAUUAUUAGAUGUUAAACAUUUUAGCAUGGACAAAAAUCUUAUUUAUUAUGAUGGUAUUUACUUGUGUAACUCUUGUCUCACGGCCUGAAGACGGGAAGAGGCAUGUUAUUGCAAAUACUGUGUGUCCCCCCUUUCGCGCCCUCGCCUCCCAAAUCACUUUUAUUGUAUAGCCAUAACCCGGUGAACACCCUUAUUUACAUCCCUUCCCCCCUAUUGUAGCUCUCGAUUAAGGUAAAAAUCUAGAAAUUUAGCAAGAAAACAUUAGAAAAUACGAAAAGUCAUGGCAAAAAUAUCUCCAAUAGAUUAUAUCAAGAAAAAAAAAGAAAAAUUUUUAUACACACACAUUUCGUCACAAAUUAACCCAGUGAGAGAAAAAAGCGUAGAAAACUCCUCGAAAAAGCCCUCUAAAAAAAAUGGUAUAAAAGUCUUAAUAUUCUUCAAAGAUAAUUGCAGUCCUUCCUGUAAUAAUGGAAAAAAAACACACACCAACAAAAAACCAACUCUCUUAAAACCCUAUGUAAUGUUUGUAAUCUAUAAAAUGAACAUACUACUAUAUAUUUCAUAUGUAAAAUGAUGAGAAAGGAAGAAAAAACUAGGACUUAAACUAUGAGAAAAGAUUAGGGACAUAUUACAAAGAUAUUCUAAAAUACCCUUUCCUUGGUUUUAUUCUCAAUUUCUAAGAAGCAUGAAGAGAGAGAGAGAGAGAGAGAGAAAAAGCGUCUAUCAAGUAUUUGAUGAAUGGAAAUAAUCAAGUAACAAAAAACUAAUACUUUUUAAAUCCCAUGAUUAGAGCAAAGCAAAUAGAAAAGAAAAUAUCUUAAAACUCUUUAAAGGAAAAAAAAACACCCAGUAGGCUUGCUUCAUAUAAAUUCUCUUGCAUUUUAUCCUUUAUUUAUUUGAAGAAGAACAACAACAAAAAAAGGAAUAUGAAGGAAAAUUAAAGGAAUACCUUAAUGUAUUAUUAAACUUAAUAUAUUCUAUUUUAUUGAAUAAUAAUAAUAUUUGAGAGAAGAAUGCACAUUUAAGUAUUAUAUAAUGUUUUAUUAUUAUUUUUUGUGUAAUUUUAGGAAGAAAACUGCACCAAAUUUGAAUCAAAAAUUCUAUUACUUUUGUUUAUUAAAUUAACAAACCUUGAUUUUUUUUGUAUAAUCAACUUAUAUUAAUUAUUUUAAACUCACCUUAACACAGGGUAAAGAAGGAAAUUCUUUUAAACAAAAAUUCUUUUGAAAUAAUAAAUUAUUUGUGUGUGCGUGCUUCGUGUGUGUGCAUAAGUUUUUUUUUAUAAGGGAUAAUGAAGAGAAAGAGAGAGAGAGAAAGAGAGGGAAAAAAUCAAGAAAGCUAUCCUUUUUCCUACAAUUGUAUCUCAAUUAUUUCAUUUAUCUAAUUUUUAUAAUUUUAUUUUAUUUACUAUUGAUUUAAAAAAGAAAUGAUUUAAUCAAGUAAUAUUUUAAACGUUUAUCUUAUUUAUUAAUUUUGUCAUAUUAUACACACAAAAAAACAAACUCAAAGUCAAUGAAAGAAAAAAAAAACAACUAAUUUAUUGGUAUACCAAAAAGCAUGAUAAAAUGUAAAAUUUUGGUUGAAAUUCUUUGUAAUGUUAGUGAAGGAGAAGAAGAAGAAAAACAAAUUGGAAAUGCUGUAAAAAAAAAUGUGAAAUUUCUCACAAGUUUUGCUUUUAUUCUCAAUAUUAUUGAAAACUUUAUAUUUUCUCCUCCCGAGCGCAAAAAACUCUCUCCAGAGAGAGAGAGAGAUUCUUGAGCAAAGAGAUCAUAACGACAAAAGAAAGGAAGAAAGAAAUAGAAAAGGGAAGACAGUGAAAGAGAAAUAAGAAAAUGAUCUUGAGAAAAUGCAAUACUGUUUUGCAAACAAAAGCAUAAACUAAUCGCUUAAUAAUUCUGUAAAUAUUUGUAUCAAUCAUAGAGGAGGUACAAAAAACCAAUAAAAUACUUAAAACAUAA